GUGUGUUAAAAUAAGGUCAUAUGAUUUCUAGUUAAUUACAUAGGCAACUCGUCCACAUAAUACUCUAAUAAGCAAUGCGUUUACAUUUACACACAUUUAUCAAAAUCCUCUAUUUAUUCAUAAAAUUAUUCUCUCCUGAUCAAUACAACUCUCACCUCAAUAAUCAUAUUAUUUAAUAUAUAUCUCUCUUCAAAAGGUCAAACCAUCAAAGAUAUUCACACAUCCCCCUCAAUUGCAUCUUCAUUCUAAUCAUUGACUCCACUCUUCGUCACGACAUGACAGAUUAGGUAGACAGAUUUCACGUCUUCGCAUAGAAGAAGGGAUCCACACCCUUGGCUCGGAAAUUCAGAAUUAUACGGCAAAACGGGGGAGGGUCACAUUAUAAGAUACUGUUGUAGUCUCGUCCAGAUCAUUCAACGCUACCUACCUUGGUACACUAUAUUUCGAAUAUCUUCAUAUCAAAGCAUCCCAUAUAUCCGAUCAGCCUUUCCAGUGUCCAACACCAUGUCUAAGGCUGAUGAGAUCGGAGGUUUGAGCAACGACGUGCUCCUCCUCUUCGUCCCCUUGCCUAAGCGACCGGAGUGGAUAGAGCGCAUCUCCAAGCGAUUCAAGGGGCUCCAAGUACGCUGGGUCUGCGCGAUCAAGGACGACAAGAGCAUGGUGACAGCUAAGGAUGUCCCUGCCGAAGUGUUGGACGGCGUCACGCUGCUCUCCACAUACCGACCUCCCCCGGUGGAGCUGAUACCCCACGUCCGCUUCGUGCAGCUCAAUUCCGCCGGUGUGGAUUCGUGGAUCGGCCAUCCGACGUAUGAGGACCCGGCUGUCACCAUUUGUACUUCGAAUGGUAUUCACGCCCCGCAAAUCGCGGAAUGGGUCAUCGGCGCAUGGCUCUUUCAUCAACGUCAGUUUCUACAUUUCACCGAAAAUAUGAAAAAGGGGUACUGGCCGCCGUCGCCCUUUGCAACCCAAGUCCAAGAUUCACCGGGAAUGCGGAUGGGCAUCCUAGGCUACGGAGCCAUCGGCCGGCAAUGCGCGCGCCUCGGCAGCGCCCUGGGCAUGGAGAUCUACGCCUACACGCGCAGUGAGCGCGCAACCCCAGAAUCGCGCAAGGACGACAGCUACUGUGUACCCCGAACCGGGGACCCCGAGGGGCUACUCCCUGCCAAAUGGUUCCAUGGCACCUCAGCAGGUGCUGUCAACGCCUUCCUCGCGCAGGACCUCGACUUCCUUGUCCUCAGCCUGCCGCUGACGCCGGAGACACGGGGGAUCCUCUCACACCCGCAGUUUGAGAUAUUGGGCUCGAGGAAGGACGGUAAAAAGCCGUUCAUCGCUAAUGUUGCGCGAGGAGGACACAUCGAUCAGGAGGCGCUGAUAGAGGCGCUCGAGACGGGAACAAUCUGCGGCGCGGCCCUCGACGUUACGAACCCGGAGCCUCUCCCCGCGGAGCACCCGCUCUGGCGCGCCCCGAACCUGCUGCUCACGCCGCAUAUCAGCUGGGUGUCUAGUUUCCUUCCGGACAGGUUGCUAGAUGUGCUCGAGUGCAAUUUGGAGAGGUUGGGGACGGGAAAGCCCCUUAUUAAUGUCGUGGAUCGCAAGCUGAAUUACUAGGGUACUUACCUACCUACAUAUCAAAAUUUGGCAAAUAGGGGGUGAGCCCAAGCGUUUAGAGUAUUACCUAGAUAUAUACCUAGUAGAAAGGGGGGUGGUCAAGGCAAAGCACGGGAUAGAACAUGAGUUUAUUUAAGGUCAUCUAAUGUCGAGCGUUAUGUCAGUAUGGUAUGGCAUUCUUCGUAUGUACUUGUAUUAAUUAUUAUCGUACAACCAGUUGCAGAACGUUACUUCCAACGAUCUCGGACGGUUAGCAAGCUUGGAGCUUAUAGUCAAAUCUUCGUCUAAAAUAUCAUUGAACUCACCU